CACUGUAUCCGGGUCACGGCGGGAGCCGCCGCCAGCGGCACCGGGACCGGGAGCGGGAUUCGAACCGGGUUCAGAUUUGGGAUUUUUGGGAGAAUCCCCCAAAUUUGGGGUGAAGAUGCAGGAGAAUUAUGAGAACGUCAUUUCCUUGGCCGAGGAAAUCGCCAUCAGUUGGCCCCGGAUCACGGCGUUCGCCGAAUCCCACCGGAGACGGGGGCUGGUGUCGGCCCCGGAUCCCGAGGGGGACCAGCCCCACCCCUCCCCCCCCGCCGCCCCUCCCCCUCCCGCGGCCGAUGGGGGAGGGGGGGACCCCGACCUGCGCCGGCAGCUGGGAAUGAUCCUGCAGGCGGCCGGACGGAGCCGGGUGGAGAAAAUGCUGCGGGAGCUGGUGAGGGAGCAGAGCCAGCCCGGCAAACGCCGGCAGCGCCGCCGGGCCGCAGGUGCCGGCGCCGGGAGCGGCCCCGAGGACGAUCCAACUCCUCCGACCACCCAAGACCCUCCACCGGCUCAACCCCAAACCGACCCCGACCCUCCGGCGACGCCGAAGAACCGAAAAUCCCCCGGAACCUGCUCGGAGUGCGGCAAAAGCCCGGCCAAACCCCGGCGCUGCGCCGAGUGCUGCCGGCGCUGCCGGCAACCGGAACGCGCCGCGGCGGAGAAACCGCACCGCUGCGGCGACUGCGGCAAAGGCUUCAGCCGCGGCUCCAACCUGGCGCAGCACCGGCGCAUCCACACCGGGGAGAGGCCGCACCGGUGCGGGGAUUGCGGCAAAGGCUUCAUCCAGCGCUCCGACCUGGAGCGGCACCGGCGCGUCCACACCGGCGAGCGGCCGUACCCGUGCGGCGACUGCGGCAAACGCUUCAGCGUCAGCUCGCACCUGGACCGGCACCGCCGCACUCACGCCGGCGGGCCGGGACCGCCGGGCCAGCCACAACAACAGCAACAACAACAGCAACAGCCCCGCGGCAAAACCAAACCGGCGGCGGAGCCGGCGCCGCACCGGUGCGGGGAUUGCGGCAAGAGCUUCGGGCAGCGCUCGGCGCUGGCCAAGCACCGCAAGACGCACAGCGGGGAGCGGCCGCACCGCUGCGGCGACUGCGGCAAGAGCUUCAGCCGCGGCUCCAACCUGACGCAGCACCGGCGCAUCCACACCGGCGAGCGGCCCUUCGCCUGCGGCGACUGCGGCAAGGGGUUCAUCCAGCGCUCCGACCUGGAGCGCCACCAGCGCGUCCACACCGGCGAGCGGCCGUACUCCUGCGCCGAGUGCGGCAAGAGCUUCAGCGUCAGCUCGCACCUGGACCGGCACCGCAAAAUCCACGCGGCGGAACGCGCGUCCUACCGCUGCCCGGAGCACCUGGCCGGGUUUCUGGCGGCUCACCGGCACGGGAGGCUCUUCCAGUGCGGGCAGUGCGGGCGGUGCUUCGGCCAAGGCGCGGCGCUGCUGAAGCACCAGCGCGCUCACGGAGGCGGCGCCGGUGGCGGCGCUGCCGGAGCCGCGGCGGCGCCGCCCAAGUGCCUGGAUUGCGGGAAAAGCCGGGGGCUGUGCCAGGAUUGCGGGCGGGAGCCGGAAGCGGCGCCGGAGAAGCCGUACAAGUGCCAGGAGUGCGGGAAGAGCUUCGGGCAGCGCUCGGCGCUGGUGAAGCACCGGCGCAUCCACACCGGCGAGAAACCCUACAAGUGCCCCGAGUGCUCCAAGGGCUUCAUCCAAAAAUCCGACCUCACCAUCCACCGCCGGAUGCACACCGGCGAGAAACCCUACAAGUGCCGCGAGUGCGGCAAGCGCUUCAGCGUCUCCUCCAACCUCCUGACCCACCAGCGGACGCACCUGGGCGAGAAACCCUUCCAGUGCCAGGAGUGCGGCAAGAGCUUCAUCCAGCGCUCCGAGCUCACCAUCCACCGCCGCGUGCACACCGGCGAGAAGCCCUACAAGUGCCAGGAGUGCGGCAAGUGCUUCAGCCGCAGCUCCCACCUCAACCGGCACCAGCGCACCCACGCCGGCGACAAGGCCGCUCGCGCCGGUGCCGGCGCCGGCGUCGCCUCCCCGCCCUCCUCGUCCUCGGCGGCGUUGGCGGCGCCCGGAGGUUUGGCUUUCCCGGCGUUCCCGGGUUCCUCGGCGGUGCCGGCGGCGUUGGAGCUGCCCUGGGCGUUGGCGCUGCCGGGCCGGGCGUUCCCGGGUUUCCCGGCGGGGUCGGUGGGUAAUUAGGGAGAGCGUUGGUUCAUUAGGGUUGGGUUGGUUUGGUAAUUAAGUGAUGAGAAGCAUUCCGUGGUUCCGGUGAGUUCCCGGCAUUCCCAGCGCUCCCAGUGCCCAACUGGGAUUGGCCAACCCAAGACCCAACCUUGGGUUUGGUCUCCAUUGAUUCCCAUUCAAUUUGUUGCCCAGUUAACGAGCUCUAAUUAAUUAGGGGCUCAUUCAUUCAUUAAUUAAGUGGGGAGAUGAGGAAUUCCCAUCAUUCCGUGGUUCCGGUGAGUUCCCGGCAUUCCCAGCGCUCCCAGUGCCCAACUGGGAUUGGUCAACGCCAAAAUCCAACAAUGACUUGGUCCCACUCAAUUUGUUGCCCAAUUAAUGAUCUCUAAUUAAUUAGGGAUGGAUUCAUUCAUUAAUUAAGUGGGGAAAUGAUGAAUUCCCAUCAUUCCAUGGUUCCGGUGAGUUCCCGGCAUUCCCAGCGCUCCCAGUGCCCAACUGGGAUUGGCCAACGUCAAAACCCAACAAUGACUUGGUCCCACUCAAUUUGUUGCCCAAUUAACUAUCUCUAAUUAAUUAGGGGUUCAUUUGUUCAUUAAUUAAGUGGGGAGAUGAGGAAUUCCCAUCAUUCCAUGGUUCCGGUGAGUUCCCGGCAUUCCCAGCGCUCCCAGUGCCCAACUGGGAUUGGCCAAUGCCAGAACCCAACCUUGGCUUGAUCCCAUUCAAUUUUCACGGCUAAUUAACGAUCUCUAAUUAAUUAGGGAAUGAUUAAUUGGCUAAUUAUUGACGGGAGGGGAAAUUCCUGCUCAUUCCUAGGCUCCUCCCAGUGCUCCCAGUGCCCAACUGGGAUUGGCCAACCCAACACUGGGGGCUCUUCCCAACGAUCCAAUUCCCAAAUUUGGGAAAAAAGUCAAAAAUUUGAGGAUAAACCCCAAAAAUUUGGGGAUGAAAAACACAAAAAUUUGAGGAAAAAACUCAAAUAUUUGGGGAAAAAAAAAAAAUCAGGAAACCAGUUGAAAAUUUGGGAAUAAAAAUUAAAAUU